CUCAGUCGAGCCAGCACCGCCAUGCUCCUCGCUCUGUCCACAGCCUUGCUCUCAGGCUCCCUCGUCGGAUGCCUUGCGCAGUCCUCUGCGAACGCGACGUCCGCAAACGUGACUCUUCCUAUAUUCGCACCCCCUACCAGCCAACCUUUGUCGAAUACUCUUCUGUCGUUCAGCAUUGAGCAGGACAGGUGGCCGGAUUGGACAGGCAUCGACUCUCGGAACGAGUUCACUCAUGCUGCCCUGAGCAACCUUGCAGAGCUGACCGGGCGACCUCCGAAGAUUAGGGUCGGUGCGAAUUCGGAGGAUAAGACGGUCUGGGACCCGACAGUCACGGUGAACGUCGACGAGUUCCCUCCGCCGAACACCGUGACGCCAUACCCCGAAGCGACGCACAUUGCCGUUGGCAACGAAUUCUACGUCUUAUCCCAGUGGCUUCCCUCAGGAACGCACAUGACAUGGGGAGUGAACCUGGGCCUCGACAACGCGACGAACGCUCUGAACAUGGCAAACGCGAUUCUUAACGCCUUCCUAACAUCUGUCGUGCAAGAAAGUGGCGUUGUACUCGACCUCAUCGAGAUUGGUAACGAACCCGAUCUAUACUCAAACAAUGGCCUUCGCCCGUCUACCUAUAAUGUGGAUGACUACGUACCCGAUUGGAUCAAUAUCUCGACCCCUGUCGCUCAAGCCAUCCAAUCCCACCCGCUCUCACGUCGUUCAGACCCUGGUAGUCGAUCUCUCGUCGAACGCAGCUCCAAUACGGUCCAAGGUCCUGUGCAGAUUCAAGCGUGCUCCUUCGCAGGCCAAGGGUUCACGCCCACCGAAGUAUUCGGGUUGGGCCUGCUGAACAGCACGCCGGGCGAACUAGUCACUGUGGUCUCGCAGCACCGAUAUUCGGCAGCAUUCUGUCAGGGUGGAGACUUCCCUUUGGUGUCCUUCAUGUCCAAGUCGGCCGUCCGUAGUAACUUGACGCUCUUCGAGGACGACAUCGCCGCAACUGUGCAGGAGGGCCUGGUGUACAUUCUCGGCGAGACCGGGUCGAUAGCGUGUCAUGGUGCUCCCGGCGUGUCCAAUACCGCUGGUGCGGCGCUUUGGGUUGUUGAUUACACUUUGUUUGCGAGCACGAUCGGCAUCGGCGAGCUCUACUUCCACGAAGGUGUCGGCUUCAAAUACAACUUUAUCCAGCCGAUCUCGCUGAAUCGCUCCACCAUUGAUGGCUCACCGCUUGACCCGCCCUCCCCGCCGCACAUCCAGCCAUCCUACUACGCCGCGCUCCUAAUCGACACGCUGAUCUCGCCCAACUCGCUCUCGUUCCCGUGGCCGUUCUCACACGGGACGCUCAUGUCGCCGUCGAGCAGCGCCUGGAGCAGUGCGCGCAUCGUCGAGCUCACCGUCCCGCUCGACAACGUGAGCGGCUACGCCGCUUACGACGCCGGCGUCCUCCGCCGCGCCGUCUUCGUCAACCUCGACGCGUGGCUCAGUAGCAUGGACACCGCAGGCGCCGUCCGUCCCAUCGUGCACCUCGACCUUGGCUUCGUGCUCCCGGAUGUCGCGACGCCUCCGGCUGCGGGCGGCGCAAGCGUUAGCUCGUUUGCCAAUGCGAUGAUGCAGGUGCGACGGCUCGUUGUCGACCACGCGGACGACCUCUCGAACUUGACGUGGGCGGGCCAGUCGUACGAGCAGACGUCGGACGUAAGCCCCAGUGGACCCGUGGUCGUCGAGAGCGUGCCUGUCGCCCAGGGGAUCGACAUUAGGUCGAGCGAGGCGCUGUUGAUCGAGUUCGAGUUCUAGGGCGUGUCCACACACAGACCUGUUGAUGUGUAGCACAUUGUAGACCAUGCUAGUUGUCUGUAUACGCUGCUGCAUAUCGGACAUGAAUAUGGACUAUCUCCGCAGUUUUGUCAGGUUUCGCCGCGCCACAAAGUGACCCGCCCUCGGAGCCGAUUUCAGCGUAAUGUCUGCUUUCCUCCACCUUUAACUGCUGACACUGCUUGUCUUUGCUGUCUACGUACAUCCUAUCGUCUGGCUUAUCUGAAUACGUAUCAGUACUCG